AUGUUACGAGUAGGUGUUGGAGUAGACCAUUCUUCAUUUGUAUCAAUCUCCCGGAUAGGUGAGGAUGACACAAUAGAGUUAGACGAGAAUAUAUUGUCAGCAUUGGGACAAACCACAAGUGCGGAUAGAGAAUAUGGAGAAAAUAUACACCCGGAAAUUUUAAAAAGAAUUGAAAAUAUAUUAAAGGCUAGCAUCAAAAACGAUGUUAAAGAAGAAUUAUUAAGAAAAAUUCUAAUACCCAACAAUAUAAAAUUACUAGAUGCACCAAAGCUGAAUAUAGAACUCCAGGGCCUGCUCUCUGAUACAGUUAAAGGAAGGGACAAAAGAGUAGAAGAUCGUCAGCAACGGCUGGGGAUAGCCAUAUCAGGUGUAUUAAACUUGAUGAACACAAUUUUAAAGGACAAUUUUAACAAAAUAAAUAUGAUACUCAGUGACUCAGUGAGGUUACUGAGUGACUUACAUUUUGAAGAUUCUAUCACACGCAGAAAAUUAAUAUCCCCAAAUCUAGAUAAAAAUAUAUCUAAAGCGAUUGAAAGCACGGCUAGAGACAGUUUCCUUUUCGGUGAAAAGUUUAAUGAAACAGUCAAAUCGGCAAAUAGAAUCGGCCAUAAGAAAGUCUGCCACUUCAAUACUGAAGCCAAUAAAUACCAAUGUGUCCAAGAGCUCCCAAACCAACCGCUCACAGUCCAACAUUAA